GCACUGUUUUCGUCGUUGCGCUGCUUGCCGCACAAGGCCCGUAUGCCGCCGCCACCCCAACCAGCCCGCGAUUCAGCCUUCCUCUCGCUGCAAGACGCAUCAUCACUUGCUAUUGACCGAUAGGCAGGAGGUGCCCGCACGCCGCGCUCAUCCGCAGACGAUAGCAGUCACCAACACGGCGAUCAACUACAUUGCGUCUGUCAGUAUCGGCCAACCGCCCACUACUUACAAUCUUCUGGUUGAUACCGGCUCGGCGAACACGUGGAUCAAUGCAUCCACGCCUUACAGACCUACCGACUCCAGUAUACGUACCGGCGAGUCUGUCCAUCUGACGUACGGCACGGGCGGCUUCUCCGGUACCGAAUAUAUGGACCAAUUGUCGCUUUCCCCAAAUCUUGCUAUCAAAAACCAAUCGAUCGGGGUAGCGAACUCCACCUACGACUUCGACACGAGCGGAGCGGUACCCGUAGAUGGCAUAUUAGGGAUUGGCCCCGUCGAUCUCACCCGCGGCUCACUGAGUAACAAGACCGAGACGAUUCCAACCGUCGUCGACAACCUAUACUCACAAGGCCUCAUUGCGGAAAAUCUGAUCAGCAUCUCCUUCCGCCCUUCCGCGAACGGCUCCACCUCGGACAAGAACGGCGAGCUGUCCUUCGGGAGCGUCGACGGUUCGAAACACGUCGGCUCUCUGACGUACGUACCCAUCACGAAGCAACAGCCGGCGGGGGUCCACUGGGGAAUCGACCAGUCCGUCAGAUAUGACAACAAAUCGAUAUUGAACAGCACCGGAGGCGUGAUCGACUCUGGAUCGACGCUCAUCUACCUCGCGUCAGAUGCCUACGACGCGUACAAGGUUGCAACCGGCGCAACGCUUGACAGCACGACCGGACUCCUGCGCAUCGAGCCGUCUGCGUACGAUAAGCUCAAGAACCUCGACUUCGUCAUCGGCGGGGAGACGUUCACGCUCGUUCCCAACGCCCAAAUCUGGCCCAGAGCUCUGAACACCUACAUCGGCGGCUCGAACGACUGGGUGUAUCUUGUCGUCAACGACCUCGGAGAACCGUCUGGGAACGGCCUCGACUUCAUCAACGGCUAUGCUUGGAUGGAGCGGUUCUAUACCGUGUACGACGGCGGUGCGAAUCGCAUGGGCUUUGCCAAGACCUCUUGGACCAACGCCACGACCAACUAGCGCACGGACGUACAUUCAUUCUCUUUGCAACCUUUCGAUACGCUAUCUUUUUUUUAGUUCGCAUGCUAUCCUGUUCAUGAUGUCCCAUGGAAUUCUUAAUCACGCUAUCGAAUGGC